AUGGGAUGCACUUCUUCUAAGCCAAGAACGCUCGGAACUCUUAAACAAGUGGAAUCCUUCAGCACGGAUGACAUGGAACCGCCACGUCAUACUGAAUCAGACGUUAUGCUUAAACCGAGCAUGUACAUUGGCGAUAAGAAGACCGAUUUCAACAGCCUGUACACACCCUGUAGAAAACUUGGCAGCGGCGCCUACGGAAAUGUGUACCUGUGUACGAGGAAGGAAACCAGUAAAGAAUACGCAGUUAAGGUCAUAAAGAAGCAGGACCUGUCAGAUCGGAAACUAUCCAAUGAUUUGCUGAAGGAAGUAAACUACCUGAAGGAGCUGGAUCACCCGAACAUUGCAAAGCUGCAUGACGUGUACGAGGAUGAUACGGCAUACUAUAUAGUAAUGGAUGCGUGCUACGGAGGAGAGUUGUUCGAACAAAUAAUUAAGAGGAAGAAGCUUACGGAAAGCUGCUCAGCGUCGAUCAUAAAACAGAUACUGUCAGGAGUCUGCUAUUUACACAAGAACAGGAUCGUACACAGAGACCUGAAGCCGGAAAAUCUGCUAUUGGAAACGGAAGAAGUAAACUCGAGGAUAAAGAUAGUCGACUUCGGCCUAUCGGCAAGAUUAUUCGAUCAGACGCUGAGGGAGCGACUGGGAACGGUCUAUUAUAUCGCUCCGGAAGUAAUUAAGAAGAAUUACGAUGAAAAGUGCGACGUGUGGUCAUGCGGCGUCAUACUCUACAUUUUGCUGUGCGGAUAUCCGCCUUUCGCGGCAGGCCAGGACAACGAGAUUAUACAAAAGGUCGUAGAAGGCUCCUACACGUUCCCUUCGAAGGAGUGGUCAAAAGUGUCGAGUGACGCUAAGGACCUGAUAAACAUGAUGUUGACGUACGACCCGAAAAAGAGGAUCUCGGCAGCCCAAGCGCUCCGCCACCAGUGGAUCGUUAAACGAACGAAGGAAUCCAGUAACAUCUUUGAGCCUGAAUCCAUGUCACUCGCACUCACAAACCUCAGGUCGUUCACGAAGACGCAGAAGUUGGGGCAGGCAGCGAUGCUUUUAAUGGCAAACAAGUUCACCACAAACGAUGAAAUUAACGAACUGACGAAACUAUUUUCGGAAUUGGACACGAACGGGGACGGCUCCUUGGACAGGAGUGAGUUGCUGCACGGAUACAGAAAGGUUAAGCAGCAUAUGCGUGACUCGUGUUCCAAAAUGACUGACGAGGAAAUUAAAAAGGAAGUCAAUGAUAUAAUUAAGGCCUGUGACCUAGAUCACAGCGGAACCAUAAACUACUGUGAAUUCAUAACUGGCUGUAUCGAUAAGUGUAAAUUACUUUCCAAGGAGAGACUGAAGUUGGCAUUCUCCACAUUUGACGCAGAUGGCUCAGGCAAAAUAAGCAAGAAAGAGAUAACUGAAAUCUUUGGACUCUGUAAAUUACCUGAGAGCUGGUCCACGCUCCUAGACGACAUGGACGUGAACCACGACGGUGAAAUCGAUUUUGAUGAGUUCGUUUCCAUGCUAAAUCAGGUUUCUGCCUUCUAG